GCGGGGACGCGGUUUGAAAUCUGAUCCGGGCUAAUUUUUUUUUACCCCCCUCCUCCUCCUCCUCCUCCAGAGUCCGGGGCUCCAAACUGUUUAGCGGGAGUUGGUGAGUCCAGCAGUUUCACACAGAGGAGCACCCGAGCAGAGUCAGGAGCUCACAUCAGGCAGCCCGCGCACCUCCGCCACAUUCCCCGCCGGUUAGUGGGACGAGGUGGACUGUGUACUAACUGCGGCUUUCUGCUCAGCUCACACAGCCACACCGGGCGGACAGAGGAGCUGAAGUUUAUCUGGACUGCCCCGUAAGGAAGAGCUGAACACGGCUGAUCUUCAGUGCAUCUUGACGGAUCCAUUGGACUAUUCAUCUUCACAAAGAAGCAGCUGUGCAACUUCUAGUGAUUUCUAAUAGCUGAGGAUUACUGGCACCAAGAGAGCUUGUCGGGUGGCAAGUGGACAGGGGACACCUGUGUGAGAGUGCUUGAGUGUGUGUGUGUGUGUGUGUGUGUGUGUGUGUGUGUGUGGCAGCACUACGUUGACAUCAUGUGUAGGACUGUGGAAGAUGUGUGAGUCUGGUGUCCGUGGCGAGGACCCUGGGCCACAACGGACCCUGGCUGGGAUGAUGGCGCUUUGCCUUCUCCUCUACCUCUCCUCCAUCUUCCCAUCAGUGCACAGCGCUCACCUGCCCUCAGCACAGCCCACAGACUGGCGGUCGAGCGAGACAGAGACAGAGCUGGAGACGGAAGUGUUUCUAGAGGACUAUGUGGUGGCAGUGGGGGACUCGUUGGACCUUCAGUGUAAUGCACCCAACUUCCUGAUGUCUGUCACAUGGCAGAAAGACGGUGGCAUUGUGCUCCCUGGCAACCGCACACGGCUGAGCCACAAGGCGCUGCACAUCAACAAUGUCUCAUACGACGACUCCGGUGUCUACUCCUGCAGAUACGAACAUGGCAACACAUUGCUUGGCAACUAUACUGUCAGAGUCACUGAUUCCCUCUCAUCUGGUGAUGAUGAAGAUUAUGAUGAGGAGCCAGACGAUGCAGGUAAUGGAAAUGAGGCGCCACACUGGUCUCGCCCGGACCGGAUGGAGAAGAAGCUGUUGGCUGUCCCUGCUGCCAACACGGUGAAGUUCCGCUGUGCAGCAGCAGGGAACCCCACCCCCACCAUCCACUGGCUGAAGAACGGCAAAGAGUUUAAGGGCGAGCAGAGGAUGGGCGGGAUUAAGUUGAGGCAUCUGCAGUGGAGUUUGGUAAUGGAGAGUGCUGUUCCGUCAGACAGAGGCAACUACACAUGCGUAGUGCAGAACAAAUAUGGGACCAUCACACACACUUACCAGCUUGAUGUACUGGAGCGUUCUCCACACCGGCCCAUCCUGCAGGCAGGUCUGCCGGCCAAUCAGACGGUGGUGGUGGGCAGUGAUGUAGAAUUCCACUGUAAGGUGUACAGUGAUGCACAGCCUCAUAUCCAGUGGCUCAAACACAUUGAGUUGAACGGCAGCCGCUACGGCCCCAACGGAACACCCUACGUUACUGUUCUAAAGAAUCUGACUAGUAAGGAUAAGGAAUAUGUUAAUAGGCUCACUCUGUUGAAUGUGACAGAGGAGGAUGCAGGCCAGUACUGGUGUACAGGCUCCAACUUUUUAGGCAAGUCUGAGAUCCCUUUCUGGCUCACAGUGCGCCAACCAGCUGUAGAGAUGGAGAAAGAGGACGACUAUGCCGACUUCCUAAUCUAUGGAACGGGCUGCGUGCUUUUUAUCCUCACAGUGAUCAUCAUAAUCCUCUGCCGCAUGCGUAUGAACACGCAAAAGACGCUUCCCACACCUCCUGUACAAAAGCUCUCCAAAUUCCCCCUCAAGAGACAGCAGGUGUCCUUGGACUCCAAUUCCUCCAUGAAUUCUAACACCCCACUGGUCAGGAUCGCCCGCCUGUCUUCCAGUGAUGGACCAAUGCUGCCCAAUGUUUCCGAGCUAGAACUGCCCUCAGACCCCAAGUGGGAGUUUCCUCGCUCUAGGUUAACACUAGGGAAAGCUCUUGGUGAAGGCUGCUUUGGGCAAGUUGUAAUGGCUGAAGCCAUCGGUGUUGAUAAAGAGAAACCCAACAAGCCAAUCACAGUGGCAGUCAAGAUGCUCAAAGACGAUGGCACUGACAAGGACCUGUCUGACCUGGUAUCUGAGAUGGAGAUGAUGAAAAUGAUCGGCAAACACAAGAACAUCAUCAACCUGCUUGGGGCAUGCACACAAGAUGGUCCUCUCUAUGUGUUGGUGGAAUAUGCCUCCAAAGGGAACCUGAGGGAGUAUCUGCGUGCCCGGAGGCCACCCGGUAUGGACUACUCGUUCAACACCUGUAAGAUUCCAGACGAGACUCUCACCUUUAAGGACCUGGUGUCCUGUGCCUACCAGGUAGCCAGAGGCAUGGAGUACCUGGCCUCCCAGAAGUGUAUCCACAGAGACCUGGCGGCCAGGAACGUUCUGGUGACGGAGGAUAAUGUGAUGAAAAUUGCUGACUUUGGUCUGGCCAGAGACGUGCACAACAUAGACUACUACAAAAAGACCACCAAUGGUCGUUUGCCUGUUAAAUGGAUGGCACCGGAGGCUCUGUUUGACCGGGUCUACACACACCAGAGCGACGUCUGGUCGUACGGAGUGUUGCUAUGGGAGAUCUUCACUCUAGGAGGAUCACCGUACCCCGGCAUUCCUGUCGAGGAGCUCUUUAAGCUGCUCAAGGAGGGCCAUCGAAUGGACAAACCUGCCAACUGCACUCAUGAACUGUAUAUGAUCAUGCGUGAGUGCUGGCAUGCUGUUCCGUCUCAGAGACCCACAUUCAGACAGCUGGUGGAGGAUCACGACAGGGUUCUCUCCAUGACAUCAACUGAUGAGUAUUUGGAUCUCUCAGUACCGUUUGAGCAGUACUCUCCCACCUGUCCAGACUCCAACAGCACCUGCUCCUCCGGAGAUGACUCUGUGUUUGCUCAUGAUCCCCUGCCUGACGAGCCAUGCCUCCCUAAACACCACCACAGCAAUGGCGUCAUACGGACAUAGAGGCUUGAAACACAACAGCAGCAGCAUUAUACGGGUGUAAACAGCUUAAACACGACAGCGGACAUCAACACCCUAAAAUUCAUCAUAAUAACGGCAUUAUGAGAACAUAAACACCCUUAAGAGGAAGUUGGAGCGGCCUCAGGGGUCAAAGACAGGUCACCCUUCAAUCCCCUGAUAAACAUCCAGAUAGGAGGAGGCUCAGUGUUGCACAGCGCGCUCCAGUUCUCCAGCCACACCGAACUAAUCCGCUCUGCACACUGCGUAGUUCGAGUGGGAAAGAAAGCUGUGUGUACACAACAUCGAGGCUACCAUCACCACGUUUCCUCUUCCUCAUGCCCUUCUUCUGUUUAUAAGCUGACAUUCUGCUUUUUUGAAAAUCGUGCUUUUUUAAAGAGAAUUCCUAUUUUUCUACUCUGCCAGUUUAUUUUUCUUUUAAUGCUUGGCAUUUUGAAGGGUGAAACCAUUCCGUGCCUAUCGAACAAACACAGAACCAGUGGAACAGUGGGGACUUACUAUACAGUAGCUACAUAUUAGUGACACUCCAAGUGUCAUUCCAUGUAGGACAACUUGGAGCUGAUGGGAAAAUAUUUGAUUUGCGUGAGAAUCAAACUUAAACCAUUGCUUUCAAACAUAUGGCCAGUUUCGUUUUUUAACUAUUACUUGUUUUUUUUUUUUCACGAGAACUUCUGACAUGCCAAUCUUUUAAAGGAGAAGAGUCCCAGAUGUGAGAUUUGAUUUGAGGAAAUAUAAUUGUGCGUUUUGUAUGUAUCUAAAUUUUCUAUUGUAAAUAUACAGAUAUAAAUAUGUAUCAUAUUGCAGUCCACAGCAGUGUAUGUAAGAGAAAAGAAUUGAUUUAAAAAAAAAAAUAGUUUAAAAACAAUGCAUUGCAAAUGAGCAUACAUUGUUGAGGUCAUGUAAACAUUUAAUCUUAAAAAGCUAAAAGUUUUAUUUGAAUUAACAUGUAUAUUUGUAAAGCUAUUUAUAGACUUAACAUAAUGAUUUUAAGGUCUAAAAUUAUAGUCUAGGGUUUUGGUACUGUAAACAAAGGGUUUUUUUGUUGAGUUUAAUUUUGUAAGUUAUUUACAACAGAGGUACAGCAUUUUCUCAGCCAGUGGAUUUGUUUUUUGUGGCUUUUUUCUUUAUUUUCUUUUGUGUUCCAUCUCUUUGUUUACAGUGGCAAGAAUGUAUAAAUACUAUUGGCAAUAUAAGUAACAGCAUAAUGCCAUGAACCAGAAGUUAAGUUCUGAGAUGAAAUGAGAGUGCCACAUGUUUUUCACUGUGUUGACUGUGAUCUCAGUGUUAAUAUCAGUGGAAUACAGGGACCACAUGUGAUUUUUCUCUGGAGAAGAAAUUGUCAAACUUCUGAGAACUAAAGAAUUCAGCACUUGCCAGAGUUUAAUGUUAAAAAAACACUAUAAACUAAUAUUGUAUAUAAUUUUAUACAGCUUCCCUACAGCUACCUUUGCCUUGUCAGCCCUACAAAGUAACCAAUGCAGUGAUUUAAAAUUUUUUCCAACACAGGUAAAGUAUUAUAGAAAACUAAAGUUUUACAGAAGAGACAGCCUUCUCAGAGAAUGAAGACUGUGGUCCUGUAUGUCGCUCUUUGAUAUGAAGGAAUGCUUUGUGGUUAAAACCCAGAUGGCAUCAAUUAAGACAGUAGAAACUAUAUGGUCAAACCAUUUUAUAAAAGUGUGUUUUAUGAUUGCUUUUUCAUUUAUGCUAAAAGAAAAGUGUGAAAUACUGCGAGGUAUCUUCCAUCUCUAUAUUUGUACAAAGUGCCAAAAUCUUCCAUCUGCCAAACUUUUCUGUUCUAAGUCCAGAUUCUUUCUUCCUCUUCGAUCUGAGAGUGAGUUGCUGAUAUGUGAUUGUCUCUUGCUUUGUGAAUCAAACAAUGCAUUGUGGGAAGGUUUGGUUGUGUCUCAGGGUGUCCUUAGACAAUUGUGCAUGUACAGAUAACUGGCAAUAAUGUAUAAAGGGACAAAGGAAGAGACAAGGUGAUGCACUUGCUGCUAAAACAAACAAAAAAUGUAGAUUUAAUAUCUGAGGAGUGUAAAGCUCUUUUUCUGUCCUGUCAAACUUAUUAUGAUCGGCCCAUUUUCUAUUCAUCAAGUGCCUGGCCCAAAGGGAGGGUUUGAUGUUUUUCUAGAGGUUUUGAAUGUACAGCCACAGCAGCAGAGACAUAAGCAGGGUGUUUCUUUAAACAAAUUUCGUAAAGCACUUCUUUACUGUUGUUGUUGGAUUACAGCACCCAAGACGUUCAUUGGGAAAGUUCCAUCUCUUCUUCUUCCAAUCGAGAGAGGCCAUUGUCCCAGAAAGAGAGCGCUCAUUGUUUAUUUGGCAUGUACUUAUUGAAACACGCUCUUUCUCCUGAAUGGCUCUCCUCUGUAUGACCUUUAACCUCUGGUUCACCUGCAAAAAUCCCCCUAUACUCUACUACUGAAGGCCCUGCACCCCACCAGCACUGAGAUGCUGGUCCUUUCCCCACAAAUAUUUAUUGUAUUUAUAAUUUAGUUUGUUUAGAUGUGCAUACAGUGGUGUUGGUUUCAUGACACUUUUGUAAUCUAAGAUGGAGGUAGUACCAAGAUGUGUUUUGGGGUUGAGGAGGGUUCAAUUCCAAUGAAAAUGUUUACAUUCUCUUCCAGACAUCAUGCUUUUCCUGCCGCUUUUGAACUGGCUGGAAUGAUUAGCAAUAUGGUCUAAUGACCACACUAUUAUUCAUUCAACUUUAAUCUGUCUUUUCUUUUAGCUCUAUGUGAUAGUGCCAUUCAGCUCUUAUUAGAAGAUUUUACAGUUAAAUUACAGUUUUAAUUUGCAGAAUAUUACCAUGCAUUGAGUAGAUUUGAUAUAGGUUGAUGAUUUUAACUAGGAUUGAAAGUGAUCUUUGCAGUAUUUUCUCACAAAGGAAGUUGGUCCAACAAUGCAUUCCAUGUAGACUUUUUGGAGGAGUUAAAUAAAGUUUGCUGAAUUAAAGUA